CCUCCGGAAGUAAACUGGUGAUAAUGCGGCUUUAACAGGCGCGUACACAGUAUUAGCUGAGGGAGGGAGGGGUGCGCAGUCAAAUGUAUCAUUUGGAAAAAGCAUAGUUUUCUUUUUACGUACCAAAUGCAGAUACACAGGGAGCUCACCUCUACGAUUUGAACAAAGUUAGAGUUGUUUUUUAGCUUUGCGUUGUUGUUGAUUUAGUGCGUGUGCGUUUGUAUCUCGUGUCUACUUUUUCGGCGCCCGGUGCUUUCUGGCGCUCUCUCAUUGGUAAGCGGUCUAACGGCCGUCUCGACUGCGAAAUGGCUUCCGUGUCACGGCAUACCAACUUACAAACCGUAGAGGUGAGCUCCCUGUGCAGAUACAAGCAAAUGAACGUAGUCGAUUGUUUCAUCUUCAUUUUCUAGCAUUUCUUUUUGAACUACACAACCAAAGAACUUCUAUACUAAGGCUGAUUUUGAAAAAUUUUAUUUUUCUUAUUGACUUAAAAAUGUCACACCAAAGUCGUAUAGCCGGAAUUAGUUAAUAAGUUACGAUUUCUGUUAUGCACUUCGGUAUCUUAAGAUUACGCUUGCAAAGCCAUCAGCUGCCCUAGUAGUGCCGCCACCUGAGCGUAUUUCUUGAGACGAACAAGAAUGUUCAUUUAAUGAUCUCACCAAAAAUUAUAACUAGUAUAAUUCAUAGUUCUUGGUUUAUCAUUAUACCAACCUUAAAGACCAAGGCAGACCGGAAAAAUGAGCGCGCGAUGGCGAAAAAAGGGGGAAAACCAUAUUUCCCUGUCUCUAGUUGUCUAUAUGUGACAUUGAUAUUCUACGUUUCAGCUGCAAAAACAAUGGUCACCAUCAUUAAUUCACUUCUUUAAGGAGUCUUUUAAUUUGCGCAUCCUCUAACACUAUCAUCUAUCGAGGAUUUUUUCUCCGGCCGAGAAAUUUCUCGCAUGAUAUGCGAACAUAAAAUCUUAUCUUUGCUCAUAAUUAAAAAAAGGUAUUCGCGAAAACUCAUUUUGAUAAAAAUUUUGACACUCGUAUUUAAUUGACCUCUCCAUAUUUGAUCGAAUCUGUCCUAAUAUUUUGCCUUGCUAACAGAUCUUUCUUCAUAUUUGAUUCUAGCAGUUCAUUUAUCCCUGUCUCGUCUAUCUUUCACGUUUUUGUAUUCUUCGUUGUUUGUUUGACAAACAAAAACGCAAAAGAUAGAAGCGACUGGAAUAAGUUAACUUCUAGAAAUAAACAGAAAAAAAAAACACUGCUAGCAGGAAAAUAUCUUACCUUCAUUAAACAGGCAUCAUAGAGAUUGCACUGUAGGCUAUGACAAAUGUGUUGAGAUUUUCUCAUCAACAUUGAGGUCUAGAAAUCCUUUCGUACAACCAUUAACACUGAGCUGUACUUAUUACUUUUUACAGAUUUUAUAUCGUUGUUUGCCUAUCGAUUCCCUGUUGUGAAUUUGCUGUCAUAAAUUAUCACCACUGUAAUAAUCAUUUCUUGAAUUUUUGUUUUCUCACACAGAUGUUAUAUGAUUGGAUAUGAUGAUGACAACCGACCCGAAUAUCUAAGAUUUUACUUUUUAUAUUUUCUCAUACCUGUAAUACUAAUAUCAUAAUUGUACAUAUACAAAUAGUUAUCGUUAUAAAAAAAAGGAACCCUUACACUUAUGAUGGCUGUUUAAAUUUUCCCUAAGGACGAUGAUAAACACAGGUUUGUAGCUGUACUUUUAACCCUAAUCCAUUCUUGAGAUAUGAUUGAGUUGCCAUUCUUGAGAUAUGAUUGAGAGCAUGAAAAAGGAACAAUUUCGCAAUUUCGCAAAUUGGGCAAUUUCAGACAAAUCAAGAGUCUUACUAUUUGCAAUAUCUCAAGAAGGAUUAUCUACCCAAAAAUACUAAAGCUUAUUUUGUUUUAUAUUACACAAGGAACAUCUAUGCAAAAAAUCAAGCAAAUAUAAGCUAACACGACCUUGAACUUUGCCAUUUUUUUGCUUCUGUCGGAUCUGCUGUCAAAAUUAAAAAGUAAUUCUUACUUCUAUGACUUGUGGCAUCAUCGUUUUUCAUAACAAUUUUCAAUGCAAUAGUAAUUAUAUAAAAAGAUAUACAAGAAACUCCUUUAUGAGCUAUUGUUUUUCCUAUGGUAGUUAAUCCGUCUUAGCUGAGUACAUAGCAACUCUCUUUUCCGAUUCAUCUGCUCUCAAAGAAUAGAUAAAUUUUUCCAACACCGCACGGAAUUGGUCGAUCUUUAAAUUUCAACUGCGCAUGCGUGCUAUACAAGAUAAAAAGCGCGCCUUUAUUCCGUCAUAGCAAAAGUACGUGAUGGAGUGUGUGCCUUUACUAUGACACUACCCUGUUUGCUCAAAACCGGAAUCAAUCCAACCGCUAACUGUAUGUCAGAAGGCUUUCAGUAAGCGCUAUUAGUAAGAAUGAACGCUACAGAGAUAGACCGUCUUCAGUCAGAGUUGCGCUCUCGUAGCGAAUAUGUCGUAGUGUUAGAGUCCGUCUUCUUGAGUGCCGUCCUGUUUAUUAGCUUGUCUGGGAACCUGUUAGUCUUUUCGUCGGUCUACCGCAAGCCGCGGCUGAGGACAAUCUCCAAUAUGUUCGUGGUAGCGCUGGCAGUUAGUGAUGCCCUUAUGGCAACUCUGUGUAUGCCUUACUCGCUAGCAACACUCGUUCACGGCGAGUGGAUUUUCAGCGAGUCGUUCUGCCGCGCUCAUGGAUUCUUUGUGUUGACACUUGGCCUGGCAUCGCUACACACGAUGGCACUCGUCUCCGUGAAUCGAUUCUUCUGUAUCGUCAAGACUGCGUUGUACCCGAGCAAGUUCACGCCUCGCCGCACUCUCGUCUACAUUCUAGCCGUGUGGUGUAACGCACUAAUCGGCUCAAUCCCACCUCUAUUCUUCUCCUUUCGUGGUUACGCCUUUCAGCCCGGCAAAGCUAUGUGUCUGUAUAGAUUUGAGGCCUACAUUCCCUACACAACCUUCAUUGAAGUCGCAUACAUCGGUCUACCGCUGACGCUCAUUACGACCUGCUACAUAGCCGUGCUCAGAGAAGUCAACCGCUCUAACAAAGUUUUCUCCACCCAAGGAAAUCUUAACACCGAGGAACUCCGCGCUCAUGUCAAGGAAUCGAAGAUUACUAAGACACUGGUUGUAGUGUUUAUGUGUUUUGCGGCGUGUUGGAUACCUGUAAGCGUGGUGGAUUAUUUAGACUCUGCUUUCGGGGAGCCGACAUUCAAUCGUCGUGUCUAUCUAAUGUACGGCUUUCUAGUUUACAUCUCAAGCAUGGUAAACCCUAUAGUAUACGGGCUUGCCAGUCGGUCAUUCAGACGUGAAUAUAUUGCUAUUAUCAGAGCUAUAUUUUGCUGUCAAAAUUGCAAUAAUAACAUUUCGCAUUUAAGCUCAACAAGGUCGAACAACACGAACUAGCAAAUAUAAUUAUUUUGAGCAUCGGAGAACAAAACUUUGGCAGAUAUCACCUGCAAACCUGUCCAAGGUCAAAUAUUUAUUUGUACUCAGAACACAUUUUCCAUCCACAAAGACCAAGAAAACACAGUUAGUAAAUGAUUCUAUUUGUAAUUUUUUUGUUUCGCAAGUUGCAGAAAUCCAAGAGUGCAAGGUGCAAUAGAAAAUAUUAACGAUGAAAACUUUGAGAGAUGAACCAAAAAUAAGAUCAGUUGAAAAUUAAUAAUAUUGUUGUUUUAACAUAAAAAAAUAAAAACGUAAUAAUUUCGCUUUUUCAAUGAUCUUUUAUUUCAUGGGUUAAUUCGUCAGGCUUUUCACAGUUGUUAACUUUCACAGCGGUUAUGGGAUCGAAUGGGAGGAAAAAUAAAACACCUCUUCAAACAAUUUUUAAACUUUUAUACAUGCGAUGUUAUAGCACAACUACUAAUAAUCUUUCUGUGUACGUGAUUGUAUGACUGGACACCUGUAAUCCAUAUUCAUCGAGAUUUACCCACGUAAUUGCUUAAUACUUGUUUUAAUACUAGUUUCUGACAAUAUAGAAAAUUUUUUAUCUUAGUUGCCUUGUCAAAAAAAUAAAAAAGUGAUUUGUUUUCUU